UGUCACUCUCACUAUCAGCUGGGUGACUUCUGCUUUCUGUAAAAUUAAUGGCCGAGUGUUAAAACGUAUUACUUUAAGGAAGGACCGAAUAUGUUUGCAUGUUCUGACAUGACCUAAUCCCUAAAUGCCAAGGAUGCUUUGGAGAACUUUACAAAAAGUCUGACGACUAGAAGAACUCUGGACUUUUAAAGUUUUUAUUUUUAUUUUUUAUUAUUAGAACCUUUUCUGUUAUUUUGGGAUUAAAGCAAUGGCUCUAUCCCAGAUCCAGUGCAUGGAUGAGAACCAUGUAAACCCGCGGAUCCAUGAGUCCAAAGCAGAGUUCUUCUACUGUGAGGAGCAGCGUCUCGCGCUCGAAGUUCUCCUCCGGGAUGGUCGCGAGGCUUUCCUGAAGUACCUGGAGUCUCGCGCCCUGCGGGGUUUCCUCUCAGACCUGGAGCAGGAGGCUCUGACCGCCGCUUUGGAGCCCUAUGACCCGGACACGGAGCUUUUCUCUGGGGAGGCAGAGGACGAGCAGGAGCGGCUGUCGCUGGAGUACUGGCCGGAGGUCUCAGACAUCUCCAUCCCGCAGAUGGACAUGGGCUGGCCGGACAGCGAGUCCUACAGGGGGGUGACACGGACCUGCGUGUACACGCAGCCUCCCAUGGAGGGUCAGGCUCACGUUAAAGAGGUGAUCAGAAAAAUGAUUGCACAGGCGCAGAAGGUGAUAGCAGUGGUGAUGGAUGUCUUCACUGACAUCGACAUCUUCAAAGACCUGCUAGAUGCCGGGUUUAAAAGGAGGGUGUCUGUUUACAUCCUGCUGGAACGCACAAUGCUACCUCAUUUCCUGUCAAUGUGUCGGAGGGCCAACAUGCAUGCUGGGCACCUCAAGCAUCUUCGUGUACGAUGCACAGCAGGCGCAGAGUUUUACACCCGGCAUUGCACCAAGGUCAAAGGGCAAAGUGGGCACAGGUUCAUGUUCAUUGAUGGAGACAAAUCUGUAUCUGGGUCAUACAGUUUCACAUGGACGUCAUCACGGCUCGACAGAAAUCUCAUCACUGUUAUCACGGGCCAGGCUGUGGAUGCAUUCGAUCAACUUUUUCGCUUCUUGUAUAUGAAUUCUACUUUUGUUGACCUUAGGCAAGUCCUCACAGAGCCAGAGCCUGAACCAGACACUAGACAUCAGGUUCAAUCAUUGCCCACUCCUUCUCCUGCUAUCACUAGAAAACUCUACAACCCCAAAUACGCCCUUGUUGCUUUAAAUAGCCCUACUACUGUGGACCUGAAUGGCAAUGAUAGUCCAAAAGAACCUGAACUCUCAGAAGAGUCCAAAAAUAAGAAGAAGCGAAAAAGAAUACAUGGAGAUCUCCAACAGGAUCCUCCUCCUCUCCAUCCUGGACUAAUAAAUCUAGAGAAAGCCCAAUUGAUCUCAUACCUUCCCACCUGGCCAGAGCCUGAUCCAUCAAACGACGUGAUAGGGUUCAUUAAUAUUCGGGAUUCUAAAAAACCAACUCAAGUUCAUCUGCAACGCUCUGAGAUGUUUGAAACAAGCCAAGCAAUCAAGUUUAGCAGUCCAUUCAGCAAGCCACAGGAAACCUUGCCAGAGGUCGCAAGACCCCGAAAACAAACUGCACAAAGUGAAACUAAGACUGAGAAUUUGUCGGUAGAUAAAGCAAAGCCAGAGCAGAAAAGUAUAGGUCUUGUUGACAGCAAUAAUAAAGAAAUAGCUCCUGAACAAAAAAUACCCUUUGAUAAACAAAAUUUAAAUUCUAAAAUGGAUGAAACUAAACUUCUUCAAACAGAGGACAAACUUAGUUCAAACAAUAACACAACUCCAGGUUUAUGUCAAAUGGAACUUAGUUCACCCGCACUACCCCAAGCUAGUGUUGAAGCACAUGCACCUAAAAAUGAACAACCUUCAGAUCCUUCAGGAACCCAGAUUCACUCCACAACCACUUUGAGUCAAAAACUGCACAGAAAUCUCACCUUCACCAACUACCUCUCCUAA